AUGCGUAGCAUCUUCAACAAGAAGAAGGAUUCAGGCAGCUCUACACCAACAGGAUCACCAACUACCACUUCACCUCUACAAAAACAAGGAAGUGGCAGCGGAUUUUCCUACCUCGGUGGAACUUCACAAAUUACUCCAACAACUUUGCAAACAAUUUCCAGAACAAAUUCAAAUCAUGAUUUGUCUUCUCCUUCGAGUCCUGUUGGUACACCUGGAUCACAGGGAUUCGAUAUUUAUACGGAAUAUAAUGAAAAAGUGUGGAAGGAAGGGUUUUUGAUAAAGGAAGGACGUGUGGUGAAGAGUUGGAAGAAGCGUUAUUUCCAAAUUAAAGGUUCAGUGUUGACCUAUUUCAAAAAUGCUAAAAAGAAUGAAAAUGAUGUCAAAGGUAGAAUGGAUUUGAAGGGAGCUCAAGUUUAUUAUUUGGGAGAUAUUCAAAAUUAUGAUAGUUUCUUUCAAACUAUUAGAAUUAAUACAGUUUUAGAUAAUGAAGAUUUAGAUAGUGAUGAUGAAGAUGAAGAAACCAAUACUAAGGGAUCCAAUUCAUCAUCUGCAAAUAAUGAAAGCUCAGCAGGUGGAGGUGAUCAAUCAAAAAUUCAAAGAAAACUCGAAAGCAAUGCCUACAAGUACAAGUUUUGUGUUAUUGCAGCUGAUCGUGAACUGUUUAUGGCUGCUCCAAGUAUGCAAGAUGCCAAGGAUUGGGUUAAGAGAAUUAGAGCUUGUAUUUUCGUUGAGGAUUACUUUGUCGAUUGUAAAAUUUGUGGAGUUGAGAGACCACUCUUGUCUGUUGUUAUGUUAUUGACUGCAGUUGCUGCUAUUGAUACUUCUUCAGAUGAAGACAAGGAAAAUGAUGCUAAACGUGAAUCUAAUAUUGAAAAAUUAGUUUUGGAAGGUGAAGAUCCUUUCACAAUUUCAGAUUUGAAAGCUCUUACUACAACCUGUAUUCAAAGUUCUAGAGUUUCACUCAAGAGUUUAUCCAUUGUCAAUUGUAAUGUUGGUGAUGAACAUUUAAAGUUAUUGGCCCAUGGUUUGGCUGAUAAUCAAACUAUUACUUCACUUGAUAUGUCAUUUAACUUGAUUUCUGAUUUUGGUAUUUGUGAUUUAAUAGACGGUCUAUUUAUUAACAUUACAUUGAAGAGAUUAACUCUUUCACAUAAUAAUAUUGGAAAUGUUGGUUGUGUUUAUUUGAGCGAUCUCUUACUAGGCAAUGUUUCACUCAAAAGACUUGAUAUUUCCUAUAAUAGAGUCGGUUCAGAUGGUGCCAAAUCAAUUUCCAAAGCUCUAUGCUCAAAUUCACUUCUCAAACGUUUGGAUUUGGGUCAUAAUAAUAUUGGAGAUGAAGGUUGCUCAGCUCUCGCUGAAGGAUUGAAGGCCAAUAAGACAUUGGCAACUUUGGACUUGUCAUUCAAUGCUAUUGGAUCAGAGGGUCUUAUUCGUUUAUGUAAUGACGGUAUCCUUUACAAUAGAGGACUCAAGGAUUUGAGUUUACACGGAAAUCCAUUCGAUAAUGCAGGUGCCAAGAGUUUAGUCAAGGCUCUUAUCGAUCACAAAACUCUCAAACGUGUCGAUAUUGGUAACAAUGAAAAGAUUGGUGUGGAUGGUAUUGGAACUAUUGCUCAAACUCUGACUACCAAGUACAUGAUUGGUAAUUUGGUAAUGAGAAGAAAAGGAGCUUCUGUUUCAGAAUAA